GGCAUUGAAAGAUCGCGCGGGCGACCGAUUGCAUCGCUCACGUCCCGAUCAGACAUCCCGAGACCUGCAAGCAACAUCUCACGCACUCUCCUCGUUCACCAGGGCCCCCAUGCCCAGCCCUGGAUCGGUGCCAGGCCGGGCGCUGCUGUCGCUGCUGCUGCUGGCCGCGGUAACGGCCGGUGGCGGCACCCGCGACCGUCCGACCACACAGCACGACCCCGCCCCCAAGCUCAACGUGCACAUUGUCUGCCACAGCCACGACGAUGCUGGGUGGUUGAAGACGGUUGAUCAGUACUACUACGGCGCCAACAACACCAUCCAGGUGGCAGGCGUGCAGUACAUCCUGGACACGGUGGUGCAGGCGCUGGCCGCCAACCCCGCCCGCAAGUUUGUGUACGGCGAGAUGAGCUUCUUCAUGCGCUGGUGGGCGCAGCAGGAUGAGGACAUGCAUGCGCUGGUGACGCAGCUGGUGCAAGAUGGCCAAUUGGAGUUUGUGAAUGGCGGAUACGUGCAGCAGGAUGAGGCCACAGCACACUAUGUGGCAAUGAUCGACCAGACAACACUCGGACACACGUUCCUGCGCAAGACGUUUGGGACCAUCCCCCGAGUGGGCUGGCAGAUUGACCCAUUUGGUCACUCUGCCACACAGGCAAGCCCCACAGCCUGCCUGGGCGUGGCACCUGCCCACCUGCUGGAGCGCGUGUCCCCGCCUGCGCCACAGGACAUGGCGCAUCGCAAGAACCUGACGGCCAUGGAGAUGGUGUGGCAGGGGUCCAACUCCCUGGAGGAUGCCACCGUUUUCACUGGCAACUUCAUCAGCAACUAUGGACCGCCUGAGGGAUUUGGUUUCGAGUGGGGUUGCCCGCCAAUCAUGGACGAUUCACGCCUGGACGAGUACAAUGUGCAGGACAGGCACGCUUGGGACAGCAUCGAUGCCUUUGUGGAGCAGUGCCGGGCAGUUGCCGGGGUCACCCGUGGCCCCGACAUCAUGCUGCAACUGGGCUCCGACUUCCAGUAUGCCAAUGCUCACCUACAGUACAAGAACCUGGACAAGCUAAUCCGUGCUGUAAAUGCCGAUGGCCGCCUCAACGCCUUCUACUCCACCCCCGCAGAGUAUGUGCGCGCCAAGCAUGCCUACAGCGGCGAGCGCUGGCCACUUAAGUCUGAUGAUUUCUAUCCAUAUGCCGACUUUCCACAUGCCUAUUGGACAGGCUACUUCACCAGUCGCCCCGCCAGCAAGGGCUACAUCCGUGCAGCUACCUCUUUUCUACAGGCGGCACGCCAGCUGGAGGCGUUCAUGGGGCUCCCCGAGGGAGGACCCACUACACAUGCGCUAGAAGAAGCGGUGAGCCUGCUCCAGCACCAUGAUGCCAUCACCGGCACUGAGAAACAGCACGUGGCCUGCGACUACCACAGGCGCCUGCACAGGGGUGAGUCACGGACGCGUAUCGGCACAGCUGCCAGCCUGCACCGCCGCCUGCAAAAGGAGGAGGGGCAGGCGCGGGCACAGCCCAACCCCGUGGACACACCCAUUGAACUGGAGGUCUGCGACUGGCUCAACAUCACUGCCUGCAACACCACAGUGCGCUUAUCGGCCACAGGCAAGGGCUUCAUGGUGGUGGCCUACAAUCCUCUGGGAUGGAGCCGUGAGGCUCCCUUGCGGGUGCCGCCAUGCGGCCAAUCUCUUUUUCUUGGUGCAGGCCCCGAGGGCGAUGAGAUGGCAUCGCAGCUGGUCCCUGCCUCACACAGCACCAACUCUUUGCAGCAGCUCCUGGCGGGCGUAAAUGCCACCUCUCCCACAACGUUUGGGAAUGCUGAAUUGGUGUUUGUGGCGCGGCUGCCGCCCCUGGGUUACAGCACCUUCUUCGUUCAGCCCUGUGCUCACAGCAUGCAUGACAGCAGCAUCGGCAAGCUGGAGGAGGCAGCACAUCGGGAUUCUGCACCCAAACCUGCUGGGCCAACAGACGCAAAGCUGUUGCAGGCCAGCAACGGCAGCCUGCUGCGCAGCAUGAGCUCACAGGGCACUUCAGUGCAGCUGUCCACCUUCUUUGGCUGGUACAACAGCAGCGAUGGGCUGGAGGUGCAGGAGAACAGGGGCCAGUCCAGCGGCGCCUACAUCUUCAGCCUGGUGGGGCAGCUGUUGCCCGGCAAGAAGCACCGCAAAGUCGCGCAGCUUGAGCUGGUGCGUGGUGGAACGGUUUUGGAGGCGCGCCAGGUGUUCUCCAAUUGGGCCACGCUGGUCACCAGGUUGUACCGGGGGCAGCCGCAGGUGGAGGUGGAGUGGACCGUGGGACCUAUCCCCAUCGAGGAUGGUCUGGGAAAGGAGGUGGUGCUGGUGUACACCAGUGACAUUGACAGUGGUGACGGGUUCUGGACGGAUGCAAAUGGCCGAGAGAUGGUCAAGCGCACGAGGCAAAUGCACAUGAAUUGUCGGCCCAGCUGGGAGCUGAACGUAACGGAGCCAGUGGCAGGCAACUACUACCCACUCACGGCUGCCAUGUACAUCCAGGAUGCCGACAGGCAGCUGGCGGUGCUCACUGACCGUGCACAGGGAGGGGCCUCGCUGCGGAGUGGACAGAUGGAGGUCAUGGUGCACCGUCGCACGCUCACAGAUGAUGCACGGGGCGUUGGUGAACCGCUGAACGAGACUGCCUGCGGCUGCUCGUUUUGCAACUGCCCAGGCAAGUGCUUGGUUGUCCGUGGCAAGCACUGGCUGCUGCUAGCAUCGCUGGAGGAGGCUGCUCGGCCGCGCCGCACGCUGCAGCAGCAGCUCAACGACCCACCGCUGUUAGCAUUCAGCGCCAUCCCGCAUGAGAUUGGCAGCUCCUCUGCCAUUGACGGCCGAGUGGGCCUGCGGCGCACCUUCAGCCUCAGCGAGGGACACAUCUUGCACAGCAACGUGCACCUGCUGACGCUCAAGGACACGGGGGACAGCUACCUGGUCCGAUUGGCGCACUUGUACCAGGAGGGCGAGGACCCCGGCUUGUCGCGCCCCAUCACUGAGAACCUGAACGCCGUGCUACAACUGCUGCAGUACCGCGAGAUUCACGAGCUGUCGCUGUCGGGCAACCAGCUGCGUUCUGACAUGCUGCGGGAGCGUUUGCGAUUUGAAGCAGGCGACAGCCUGACCAACGAUAGCUGGCCGGGCGCCGGCCCUGCCGGUGGGUUGCACCCUGCUCAGGAGCUAGAUACGGGGGAGAUGGCCAGGCUGCAAGAGGGGGCUCAAGUCAUCGACUGCUCCAGCGGAUGCAGCAACGGCGAGCUGCUGGUCACGCUGAAGCCAAUGGAGGUCCGAACCUUUCAGCUCAUUUACCGCCCCUACUAGAGCGCCUUAACCACGGCGUUCUGCUGUUGUUGUUGUUUUAGCAUUGGAGGUGCUCGCCUGCUGCUUUUGUUUUCAAUCAACCAGAUCGGUUCCGUUCGAGUGCAAACAAGUGCACAGUGC